AUGACCUCGCGGAGAGCCGGCGGGCCCGAGGCUCCAUCGCCGCCGCAGCAACCGCGCCACCGCGAGCUGGCCCAACGGGCCGUCGGUCUCACCGGCAGCCUCCAGAACCUCUCGCAGGAGGGGCCACUCGUGCCCCCACCCGUGCCGCCCCGCACGCCCCAGGUGAGGCAGCCCCGCGGCCGAGCCCGCCCCCAGCCCCCGAGGCCCCUGCCACCGCUACCCGCGAGGCCCACCACCGCCACCAGGGUUCCCGAGCCCGCGCCACGCGCCAACCUACCACCCGUCAUCGCACUCGCACCCCAACCACCGCUCGGAGCCAGCAGUGGUAGCAGCAGCAGCAGCAUCAGCGAUGGGGAGGGCAAUGGAGAGGCCUCGUCGAUGUUCGCGAAGUGCGGGCCGAGGGCCGCCUCGCGCGACGAACCGGAAGAGCCUCCUCCUUCUACUCUGGUGGAGGGGAGGGAGGUGCCCGGACCCGGGACGAGCGGGACGAGGUUGCGGCCCCCGUUGGUGGGCACAGCGGGGUUGUCGGCCGACUCGGGGACCGGGGACUCGGGUAGCGCGGAGAUGCAGCCCGAGCAGCGGCAUCCGGGCGCCGGGGAGGACGAGGACGAGGAGGAGGAGGAGGGCGAGGUGGACGAGGAGGGGGCCGACGACGAGCUGGCCGACGAUUUGGACGAGCUGCGGGGCUUGAAGGGCCAAAGGCAGCAGCAGGGCGGCUCGGGCGUGCAGGGGACAGGGGGUGGGUUCGGGGUGUCGCGGCAGCCCCUGGCCAAGGGUGCCAAGCAGCAAGUGAAGCCCUUUACGAAGGACAGCCUCGACAGGCUCGAGAACAAGCACGUGCAGCUGGUGAGGGACUACGGGUUCCAGCCGAAGCGCAAGACCUCCGUCGAGGACGGGGGUGUGCUGCCCAACAAGUUCGAGCCCUUUCCCUCGAAUCUCUACGGCAGGCCCCUCGAGGAGAUCGACAGCUUCAUCUACGACGAGGUGGGUAACUGCUUAAUGACCUGA